CACAGAAAAAAAUAAUGUAAAUUUGGAAGCUUUAAUUUUGGAAGGUUGAAUAUUACCUCUUUUAUGAUGUAAUUUUACCUCAAUUUAGACUGAAAAAGUGACAUUACACCAGAAAAGUGGUAAAAUUACACAUUUCCAGAGGUAAAAUUACAACUUUUUUCUGACAUAAAAGAUGUACCCCUUCCCAGAUGUAAUAUUACCAUGAUUUUUUUUUCUGUGCAAGUAGGAGCUUUUCUGUCAAGAAGGACCGCGAGGUUAAUUUUUCAAAGUUGAUUUAAAAAUCCAUUUUAAACUCUUUGUGGUCGUACAAAGGGUCAUUGUACUCAGAAAAAUAAGCUUUAUCGCUGUAAACAAUAAUAUCAGCAAUCUAAGCUUCAUUUUAGGACCCAAUUGCUGAAAUCAAAUCUCUCUUUUUAAGAACCUCGAUAGCUUGAGGUUAGACGCAAUGUUCUUACCACUGGCAGCGGCUUUGACAGUUGAUACCUUUUUGUUGGUAAACAACUGCUUAAUGCUAAAUAAAAACAAGUCGGAUAACAAACUAGUCGAGUUUGAUUGUUACUAAUAAACAACUUAUUAGUUGUAAAACAAUGAGUUCGGAACUAAUUAUUGGUGAUAGUGAAUCUUGUUUAAUACCAUGCCGUUUGUGCCUACGAGAAUACGAAAAUGAUUACAUGCAAGACAUCUUCACAGAGGAAUCCAACUUGGAAGAGCGCAUAAUAAAGGCAGUUUCGGUUGAGCCCUCUCGCGCUGAUCAAAUGACCCAUAUUUGCUCAAACUGUAACGCACUAGUCGCCCUAAUCAUCAACUUUCGUACUGCUUGUCAACAAGCCAACGAUCUUUUGAAGAGUGAAACUUAUAGAACUGUACGAUCUUCUACCUGGGAACGCUCAAAUGCGGAAGAAACGUUCCGCCGAGCUGCCAACCUAGUUCAAGAACAUCGCUAUGAAGUCAAAGCUCUGCUCAAGAGCAACGAAAUUCAAGCUGGCGAAGCCACAGAAAAUUUCCUGGAGGACGUCAAGUGUGGACCGGAAAUACCACAUGUUCUUGAGCAGGACGACGAAUCUCCCUCUUCACCGGAAGAAUCUUCCAUAGCAGCUCGACUUACAUGCGGAAAGCGAGGCCGCGAAAAGAUCAUGUGCCCUAUUUGUGGCGAGAUGGUGUCGCUGGAGACCCUCGAAGGCCACCAGAACCGGCACGCCGGAGUGCAACCUUUCACGUGCGAUAUUCCUGGCUGUGGGGCAAAGUUGUACUCCCAGCUUGCCCUGCGGCAGCACCGCAGUCGGCACAAUUCUGCGAGCAAGUUCUACGACUGUGGAGUGUGCGGUAAGCGGAUCAAGAGCGCGGCCUACUGGUUGAUCCAUCGGAAGAGCCACACGGAAGAGCCGCGGUUUUCGUGCGAUAUUUGCGGGAAAAAGUUCCACCGGAAAUACAAGCUGAAACAGCACUCCACGGUGCACUCCGGAAUUGCAGAGUUUCAGUGUGAAAUUUGCGGCAAAUAUUUUACGAUCAAGCACAACUUGACGGCGCACUACAAGUUACAUGCUAGGAAAGAUCAAAAAGCAAUGACAAACACAAACUUUAACGAAAAAUAAGUAAAUGCAAAAAAGCGAAACUUCAAGACUACGCGCACAUUUUUUCUUCAAUAGUAGUAGCCUAUCAAAAGUAGUACAGUACUUGUUCGGUAACUGGGCUGAGAACGUAGCCUAGUUACCGAAUGCUGCUCGCUAACUGGGCUGAACGGAAAAUGUCGAGGGGACCACCAACGCAUUAUAUUUUCUUAGUGAAAUAUAAAAAUAAAAGUUAUCUAAAUUUAAGUUUAGAGCCAAUUCUUCAUGUUUUCUUAAACCAUGACUUGGAAUUUCACAAAACAACAAAAAAAGUUUCGUUUAUUACACCUGCUUG